AUGGCAAUAGACACCAUCAGUGCCAGCCAAUCAAUCAAAGAUGGAGAAACCUUAGAAUCAGCUGGAGGCAUUUUUGAAUUAGAGUUCUUCAGUCCAGCUAAUUCUGCUAACCGAUACGUUGGGAUUUGGUACAAGAAAACCUCAUAUACACAAGUUGUAUCGGUCUUAAACAACAUGAAUCCGAUUUCAGAUUCCGGUGGAAGUUUGGCCAUCAACAGUACUAGUGGUGAUCUCGUUCUUUUAGAUGGGAAACAAAAUCUCAUUUGGUGUACAAAUGUUUCAUCCACUAUGUCUAGUACUAAUAGUACUGUUGCAGCUACACUUGAAGAUACAGGAAACUUUGCCCUAAUAGAAACCUUUUCAAAUGGAUCUAUUGUCCUUUGGCAGAGUUUUGAUCAUCCUUCCAAUACUUUGAUACCAAACAUGAAACUUGGAGGCAAUGAUAAACUCGGAAUAAGUCUUGGAUUAACAUCUUGGGAAAGUGAAAACAAUCCCGCUCUAGCGAAAAAAGAAAAAUAUCGGGUUGUUUCAGGGAAUUUUUUUUUACGCCGGAAUCGAAAACAAAUACAGCAAAUAUACAUAGUGAGUGGCUCAGCUGCAACCAUCGUGAAUGGCUCAAAUGAAGUGAAGCACUGGAGUUCCGGUCCGUGGAGCGGGCAGAGCUUCGUCGGAAUACCGGGAAUGACUCAAAAUUACAUUAAUGGUAUCACCUUUAGCAGCGAUGGCAAUGGAGGUGAAUACUACACUUAUACGACUCCCAGUAAUUCAAAUAUUUCGAUUUGGUUUCUUGAUUCUUCAGGAAAUCUUGGGACAAAAGAUUGGGAUGAAGAGAAUAAGAUAUGGGUUGAUACAUGGCUUGCAAUCAGUAGUGAAUGUGAUGUUUAUGGUACUUGUGGGGGCUAUGGGGUUUGUAAUAUUAAGAUGGAAUCAUCAUCUAUUUGUAGUUGCAUGAGAGGGUUUCAACCUAAGGAUCAAGAGAAAUGGAGAAAGGGAAACUGGAGUGAUGGAUGUGUGAGAAGUGAUCCAUUAGAGUGUGGUUCUAGUAAUGAAGGGUUUCUGAAAUUGGAAGGAGUGAAGUUGCCAGAUCUUGCAGAUUAUAUACAAGUUGAGGACGUGAAUGAAUGCAAUGAUAGAUGCCUCAAAAAUUGUACUUGUGUGGCUAAUGCUUACAUUAGUGGACCAGGAUGUUUGAUUUGGAGCACGGACUUGAUUGAUGUUCAGAAGUUCUCUUCCGGUGGCCAGGACCUUUUUCUCCGUCUUCCAUCAUCUGAACUAGUAAUUCUUGAUACAAUUUUCAAAUAUUGGAUCUUCUGUUAUUUAUCAUGCAUCUCAGUUAUUUGUAGUGAUUUAUCAUUCAGUGAAUGA